AUGUAUAAAACUUUAUCAGCGUGGCGUGUCUCUCAAGGAAAUACUUACUGGCCUGCUUCACCAAGGAAGACAUACGAAAGGAUUGACAAUCACAUAAUCUGUUUCGAUUUUACAAGUGAGAGUUUUGGUCCUCUUCUGCGUCUGCCGUUUGACGCUGGUGAUGAUGACACUGUGACUUUAUCAAGUGUUAGAGAAGAGAAGCUUGCGGUUUUAUUCACUCACUACGAAUUAGGAGGUCCACUGGAGUUAGAGAUAUGGAUUAGUACUAAGAUUGAGGCCGAAAAGGUGUCGUGGAGCAAGUUCUUGAGAGUGGCGGACGCGGAAUUUUACCCUCUGAUUUCAUAUGAUUGUUUAUUCAUUGACGAGGAGAAGAAAUUCGCCAAGAGUUUUGAAGAUGACUACCCCAAAACAUUUAACAUUGUUGGAGAGGCUGGAUACUUUAAGAAGUUGGAACUCGGAGAACGUUUAGGCAGAGACAUAAAGUGGAUGCAACAUGUGUGCUCUUAUGUUCGAAGCCUAGCUGAUAUCAAGCAACCUGCUGCUGCUGGAGGUAAAAGGAAACAACAAAGCGAGUUAGAAAAGCAACGAUAUGAUCAAAACAUGGCGAGACUUGUUGCAAUUAAAACUGCU